CCUUUUCUAAAUCAACAAAUCCGACAAAGACCCCGAAUUCCGCAUCUCCUCCUUUUGCCACCAUAUCCAUAUACAUCUUCACCAAUAUCAAAAGACAUGUCUUUUUCAAGGAUAAGCCUUGAAAGUUAUCUAAUUCCAUUGGAAGAGAUCAACCGUGCCACCGAAAACUUCAACCAACAGAGAUGUAUUGGAGGCGGUGGAUUUGGUGCAGUCUACAAAGGUCAACUCUCUGAACGCUGGCAAAAUCUUGCAGCUGCUAUCAAAAGGCUAAGUCGGGAUAGCUUCCAAGGAGAACGUGAGUUCCGAAACGAGUUAGAGUUGAUCUCAAAAUUUCACCAUGAAAACAUCAUAUCGUUCAUUGGAUAUUGUGAUGAAGACAAAGAGAUGAUUAUAGUUUACGAGUAUGCUAUGAAUGGAAGCCUUGAUUAUCAUCUCCAAGACCCACAUAAGAUGAGUUGCAUAACAUGGACACAACGCCUGAUGAUUUGCAUAGGGGCAGCAAGAGGACUGAGUUACCUUCACUCGGGUCUUGGGGAGCAUAAUAGAGUAAUACACAGAGACGUCAAGAGUUCUAACAUAUUGUUAGAUAACAAUUUGGUUGCAAAAGUUUGUGAUUUUGGCUUGUCAAAAUCUGGUCCAAGAAAUCAGAGUGAUACCCAAAUUUAUACAAGGGUUGCGGGUACACAGUUUUACAUGGAUCCAGCUUACCAUGAAAGUGGUAUCCUCAGAAAAGAAUCGGAUGUAUACUCGUUCGGUGUGGUAUUGUUUGAAAUCCUGAGUGGGAUGUUGGUGUAUCAUGAAAAAAGUUUUGGAGAUGAUUGCCAACAAAAUCUCAUAACUGCUGUUCGGAGAUACUAUAACAAGGAACCUCAUAAGGUAAUUGAUCCCAAUAUAAGAGAUCAAAUUGAUACUAGAGCUUUUGAUGCAUUCCAAGAAAUUGCAUAUGAGUGCAUUAGUUUCAAUUUGAUGGAACGCCCUACCAUGGACAAAGUCAUUGAGAGGAUUGAGAAAGCGCUAACUAUUCAAACCCAUAAACCUUCCGCUUCGAUCCCUGCAGCACGUUCCAUGAUAGAAAGUGUCGUGUAUAAACUAAAGUACUCCGCCAGUCCUGAUGAGCAACAGAUCGCCGCUAGUGAAAUCCACCUCCUUGCAAAAGGACACGACGACAACCGUGUGGCCAUUGUCCAGGCUGGAGCAAUCCCUAUGCUCUCACACCUACUCGGAUCACCAGACACACUUACACAAGAACAUGCAUUGAACGCAAUUCUUAAUCUCUCGAUUCAUGAUGAAAACAAAGGCAUAAUAGUGUCUUCUGGAGCUGUGCCCGGGAUCAUUUACGUGUUGCAGGAAGGUAACAUGGAAGCACAGGAGAACGCAGCAGCCACUCUUUUCAGCCUCUCUUCAAUGGACAAAAAUAGGGUAACCAUCGGUUCUGCAGGAGCUAUCCCACCACUUGUGUUGCUGUUGAGUGAAGGUACUCAGAGAGGGAAGAGGGACGCAAGCAUUGCCUUAUAUAAUUUAUGCAUGUAUCAGGGGAACAGAAUAAGGGCUCUAAAAGCGGAUGUAGUCCCCAUUUUGAUGAAACUGCUUGGGGAACCACAUGGUGUGUUGAAGGAUGAAUCGUUAGCCAUUCUAGUAAUUUUGUCAAGCCAAGCAGAAGGAAAAUUAGCUAUAGGUAAAGAAGCGGCGGUGCCUAUACUGGUUGAGGUGAUUGGGAAUGGAUCCCCUAGGAUGAAAGAGAAUGCAGUUGGAAUUUUAAUUGAAAUUUGUUCUAUAAAUCAAAAGUAUUUGGUCGAGGCUCAAGAACUUGGAGUUAAGGAGAAACUGAUGGAUUUGCUACAUCAUGGUACGGACAGAGGGAGGAGAAAAGCCGGACACUUGCUGGAAAAGAUGAGCAGAUUAGCAGAGCAACAGAAGCUAUUCGCGAGGGCGUGAUUUAUAGAGCAAUAGAAGUUGACGGGUUUUCCACUUCCUCUUUUGAAGCUUAAUGCUUUCUGAGAUCAGUUUUGUUCCAUUUAUACUUAUAUAUUAUUUAUUUUAUUUUGAUCAUUAGAUGGUGGUUAUGGUCAGAAUUAUUUGGCAGAAUUUAUAUUUGAUUUGCUUAUAUUGUAUGAUGUUUAUGUUUCAAUGAAUACUAGAAAAACUGCAUUUUACGACGCACAAUCUGUGUCGUAAAACGCUCAGACGACGCGUAAAUGCGUGUCAAGGAAGACCCUGUCAUAACAAGAGAUGACGCGCUUUUGCGCGUCAUCUAUAUACGAUGCACACGACACGCAAUGCGUAUCAAGGAAGGCCCUGUCAUA